AUGACUCUUGAAUCUUGGGAAGUGCUAGUUCAGAAAAAGCAAGCCGAGACCGCUGCUAAAAUCCCAGAUGCCUGGCGUCUUUCUUCUGAGUAUACUGCCAACAUCUCAGAGACGGCCAAUACAAAUGUUCUCGACGUACCACGUCGCUGUGGUAUCUUGUCUCCGAAGCAGAUAGACAUCACCGAGAACUAUGAUGCCACUGCUCUGUUGGAGCAAAUACACAGUCAGAAGCUCUCCGCUUAUGAAGUCACGGAAGCUUUCUGCAUUCGUGCCGCAAUUGCACAACAGGUGACGUACUGUCUUACAGAGACCUUCUUUGAUCGAGCUUUGCAGCGCGCCAGAGAGCUCGAUCAACAUCUGCAGAGCACUGGUAAACCAAUCGGACCGCUGCAUGGGUUGCCAAUCAGCUUAAAGGAUUGUUUCAACGUCGAAGGUGUUCCGUCGACUAUCGGGUUCACGGCGUUUAUUGAGAAUGGGCCUGUGAAGUACAGCUCGCCUGUUGUCCAAAUCCUGACAAAGCUCGGAGCUGUUAUGUACGUGAAGACUAACAUUCCGCAAACUAUGAUGGCUGCGGACUCCCAUAACUACGUCUUUGGUCGAACCCUCAAUCCGCAUCGCCUGAGCUUGACAGCUGGCGGAUCCUCUGGCGCUGGCUCAAUCCGAAUUCCCGCUAUUUGCAACGGCACUUUCGCCCUGAAGCCUUCCGCCGAUCGCAUUCCAUAUGGUGGACAGACAGGAAGCGGUCGAGGUGGUCUGCCAGGAAUCAGAGCCUGUGCUGGUCCAUUGGCAACUUCCGCUCGGGAUUUAGAGCUGCUGAUGCGGGCUGUGGUCAACGAGGACGUCUGGGAGUUCGACUCGACCGCCAUCUUUGCACCAUGGCGAAAGGUGACCCCCAAAUCAACACUCCGCCUGGGUCUCAUUCAAGAGGAUCCCCAUUUCCCUCUCCACCCGCCCGUUCUUCGGACUCUGACCGAAGCGACCGAGCGCUUACGCCAAGCGGGCCAUGAAAUCGUUCCGUUGUCAGUUCCGUCCAUUCGAGAUGCCUGUGCACUGGGAUUCCGUAUGUUUGCCAUGGAUCCUGCCAAAACCGCGUUUCAAAACAUUGCCAAAAGUGGGGAACCGACGAUACCGGCACUGGCCUCGACAUCUCUUCCUCAUGAAUACAUGCCAUUCGAGUAUGCACCGAUGACCUUGGAUGGCCUGUAUGACUUACAUGCAGAACGGAACAGUCUCAAAGAGAAAUUCCACGAUAUCAUCACGAAGGCAAACAUCGACGCGAUCAUCAUGCCUGGUAAUGCAGGAACAGCUCAGCCCCACGAUCUUUACGGAUUCCCUCUGUAUACAACUUUGUUGAACGUUCUGGAUUAUCCCGCUGCGAUCAUUCCAUUUGGCAAAGCGGAUCGAACUGCCGAUGCAGCUUUUACUCGAGACGUUCAGUACAAGCCACCCUUCUCGCCCGAGCUAUUUGAAGGUGCUCCUUGUUGUAUUCAGGUUGUUGGGAGACAUCUGCGCGAGGAAGAACUUGUCCAGGCUAUGGAGACGAUUGUAGGUGUUCUUGGGGUCUAA